AUGGAAGUGGAUGCUAAUUACCCGUUAUUAACGCCAACCCCCCCACUCUACAAAUAAUUAAACCCUAACCCCCACUUCCAUCACGCGCAAUAUAUAUAACAGCCCUAAUUCCCCAAAUCAUUUUUCUUCACGUAUUUGAUUUUGUUUCAGUUUCAGAGUUACAGUCAUGGCGGACAUGGACCUUGACGAUCUCUUGGAUGCCAAGCCACGCGCCCCGACCCGAGUUGUUCGAUUCGCACCUAAAGGCGGCAAACUCAAUCCUAAACCCAAAAUUGAACCUUCUCAACCACUGCCACCUUCAGCAUCCGACCCCAUGGAUACACUGCCUCUACCGAAGAAAGAAGAACCUAAGCCCGAAAUUGAACCCGAUAUUAAGCCCGAACACGCCAACGGUGCAAUGGAGAUGGAUGUCGAGGUGAAGCCCGACGUGAAAGUGAAGGAAGAUUUGAUGGAAACGGAGGUGGCGGAAUCCGUACUCGACCCCGUAGUUAAGGAAUCCACAGUUGAUGAAGUUGUUCGCGAAAUCGACGUUUAUCUGAACCAUUCUGUUGAUCCUAAUACUUGUUUGCAUGUGUGGCAGUAUCCACUUAGGCCACUGUGGCGACCAUACGAAUUGGACGAAAAAUGCGACGAGGUGAGGGUGAAGCCGUCGGGUGAAGGAGUGGAGAUUGAUUUGGCUGUUGAUACCUAUUCCAAGAAUUAUGACACUACUGCUGAUCCCAAACUGCAGAUGCAAAAGCAGACUCUUAGGUCAACAUGGAUGCCACCUCACGCAAGUGGGCAGGCUGUUGCGGUUCUCGUUGGAAAUAAGUUAUACUUGAAUCCUAUUCAUGCAGUUGUACAGCUCCGACCAUCGAUGAAGCAUCUUGACGCUGAAGAUUCUAAGAAGAAGAAGACUAAUGCGCGCAGUAACACUAAAGAUAGUGUGAAGCUGGAAGAUCCCCAACCUUCUGGCGCACAAACGAAGCCGGACUGGGUUCCUCUGAAGUACCAUAGUGCCAGGAGUGACAUGGCAGCCACAUAUGUGAAAAAAAUGAUGGCACGAGAAGUCGAAGGCUCCCAGAUUUCCUUUUCCAUGAGCUCGAAUGACUAUAUCAAUAGCUUGUGUCCUGGCACUUCUAGUGGCAGUUUCAGUUCGAAUGUUCCUCCGAUAAGGUCCUUGCUUGCUUUACCGCUAAAAGAACGUUUUAAAACUUGGCUCCUUGAGGCCAACACAGUUCACAGAUUUGAUGCUCUGAAGCACCUUGCCCCAGAUGAGUCUAUUGAAGAAGUUUUAGAGGUCUUGCAAGACCUUGCUCGAUUAGUUCAAGGACUUUGGUUUCCAAAAAGUCGGUUGGUGUACGGAAUUGAUCAUGGACUUGAUGUAUUAGCUAGGGAUUAUGUUCUUGCUUUAUUUAGCAAGAAUGUGAUCAUUACCAACUCUCAAUUACCUUUACGGCCUCAACUAGCUAAUGCGAUGAAAGAUGUACUAAAUGUAUUGGCUGUAGAGAGACCUGCAUUUGAUGACUGGAAACUGAAAGCAAGUCCAGAUUCGAAUUUCAUGAAAUUCAAUCAAUCUAUUGUAAAGAAGCACGAGGAAGAGUGGCAAGGCGUAGAAAAGAAAAUUAAUGAUGAUUUCAAUGUAGCAAAAAAUAAGGCUGCUAUGAGGUCUAAUGCAGCCAAGAAACCUGCAAUACCAAAAAGUUCUAGUAAUGUAGAAACAAGGACCCCAAAUGUAUCAACCUCCAGAACUGCCAUGUCAGAUGAUGUUCGAGAAGCUAUAAAGAAAGCCCUCCAAAAACUUUUCAAGAGUGUCAAGGUUUGCAGUUUGCAACAAAUUAGCCAGCGGUUAAGGGAUAUGGCAGUUUCUGAGUCUACACGUUCAACGGGAUUUUCCAGAGAGGCAGUAGCUGCUGCAAACAGCAUCGAUGCUUAUCCAGAUGAACUUCAGGCAAUCAUCAGUGAAGUAGCUGUCAAUAUUCAUGGCAUUUGUGUUCCAAAAUCAUCACCAGAUCACCCCCAAUACGACCCAUUCAGGAAAGUUGUGAUUGAUCUUUUUAUUGCUGAAGGACCAAAUGCUAAGAUUAAAAAGGCUUCCAUGGUUGAGGCUGCUAAGGUGGAACUCAAAAGGGAUAUACCUCCAAAUGAGUAUCAGAAGGUCGUACAGGAACUGUGUCUAUCUCAAGGCUCUGCAUGGGUCCUGAAGAGUACUGGCUGAACAAUCCAAACCAUUAAAGUCUAAUCCGACAAAUUCAUAUACCAUCGUAUGAGGAUUCUAUUUUGCUGGAAUUUGGAAAAAGCAAACAAAUUCACAAAACAAGGUAAUUAAUUAGAUGUAAAGUUGAUCGAGGGUCCAACGAACAAGUAGUUAAAGUUUUUUUGUCUCUGUGUCCUGCAUUUUUCGACUGUUUAGGUUGGAUUUCGAGUCUUAGAUAUAUCAUAUAUGGUGUUGCAAAUUUUAUUUGUUCGACAAUAUCCUGUCGUUUUUAUUCUGAUUGAUAAACCUGGCAAUAAUUUUACUUAUAUUAGACCGCCUGUUAUUUGAAGAGAA